AUGUCUUCAAACAACGAGUCCCACUCCGGCCCUGGUGGUUCGGAAGCCAUCAACACCGAGAUCAUCACCCUUACCAGAUUCCUCACCGAGGAGCAGACGAAACACAAGGAAGCCACUGGUGACUUUACGUAUGUCGCUCGAUCGAUUGCCUACUACAUUCGCCGUGCCUCGUUGAUCAACCUCUCGGGUCUCGCUGGCUCGGCAAACUCGACGGGUGACGACCAGAAGAAGCUCGAUGUCAUCGGCAACGACAUUUUCAUUUCGGCCAUGAGAUCGUCGGGUCGCGUGCGCAUCUUGGUGUCCGAGGAAGAGGAAGACCCCAUUGUGUUUGACGAGCACCCCAACGCCCGCUACGCUGUUGCUUGCGAUCCCAUUGACGGUUCCUCCAACUUGGACGCUGGUGUCUCGGUCGGAACCAUCUUUGGUAUCUACAAGCUCGCCGAGGGUGCCAAGGGCACCAAGGAGGACCUCCUCCGUCCUGGUACCGACAUGGUUGCUGCUGGCUUCACUAUGUACGGUGCCUCUGCACAGCUCGUCAUGACCAUGAAGGACGGCCCCGUCAACGGCUUCACCAUGGACAGUGCCCUGGGUGAAUUCAUCCUGACGCACCCCGACAUGAAGAUGCCCACCAAGCGUGCAAUUUACUCAGUCAACGAGGGUAACUCGCUGUGGUGGGAGGAGCCCGUCAAGGAGUGGUGCAACUCGAUGAAGGUGCCCGAGAAGGAGGGCGGCAAGCCCUACAGUGCGAGAUACAUUGGCAGCAUGGUUGCCGAUGCCUACAGAACUCUGCUGUACGGUGGUAUCUUUGCCUACCCGGCCGACAAGAAGUCGCCCAAGGGCAAGCUGCGUAUCCUGUACGAGUGUGCUCCCAUGGCCAUGGUCUUUGAGCAAGGUAAGCUGAACUGUCAUUUUUACUUGGGAGUGCACCAACUAACAUUCCAUUACANNGCCGGCGGUCAAGCAGUCAACAGCAGAAUGGAGCGCAUGAUCGAGAUCGUCCCCGAGUCAAUCCACGACAAGUCUGGUAUCUUCAUGGGCUCAUACGAGGAGGUGCAAAAGGUCAUCGACAUCCACAACAAGCACAAGAAAUAA